UCCAACGCAAUGCAUAUAAUUGAAGGGAAUGGGGGCACAAUAAAGUCAAAUUCUUGUUGAAGUUUUAUAGAAGAAGGCCUCUCUUCUCCUUCAUCAAAAUAUCACAGUAUUCAUUCAUUGAUUCAUUCUCUCGUCUUUUUACUCUAGUUUUCUAUAUCGAAAGCCAAAUCUUUCUUUGCCCUAAUUUCUGUAUUCGAAAAGUUUUCCCUCUCUGGCGUUGUGGCCAAUUCGUUUCGCUUUCCCUCACCGGUUCCUUUACACGACUGUGCAUGUGAGAUUCCCGGUUUCUCCUCGCAGAUCUCGGUGUCGGUGUCUGCGGUAGAGGCAGUGGCGAUUGGGAUUCUGCGAAAGAAGGCUUAGGUGGUCGUCGAUUGGCGAACAUGUCUCCGUCUAAUUAUUUACAGAAUGGAAGUGGUUGUGGAGGUAAUGGACGCAAUUGGAUUGAGCACCCGGUUUCCAAAUUGGACACUCUGGCAGGCGUGGCCAUCAAGUACGGCGUCGAGGUGGCUGAUAUCAAAAGGAUGAAUGGACUAGCCACGGAUCUUCAAAUGUUUGCACUGAAGACUCUGCGAAUACCAUUACCAGGAAGGCACCCACCCUCUCAUAGUCCGCCCAAUGGAUCUGCCAAUUCCGGACGUUACAGUCCUGAAAAGAGACGUCCUCAUUCAGGUCAAUCUAGCACACAGGAACCUUUCCAGUCCUUAAGGCUGAAAGCACCCCGACAGAGGACUGCUUCAGCUAUGGCUUCUCUACAGGCAUACUAUGGACUUGAAUCUUCAAAUCCAAAGGGUCGAAAUGAAGAAACGGAAUUGGCAGUUUAUAGAUCUGCUAGUGGAGAUGAGCUUAGAGAUGACUGGCUCCCCAAAGCCUCACCAAUUUCAGAGAUGCCAUCAAACCAAAAUCACAGGUCAAGAAAUUUUGAAUAUGAUUUACUGAAUGGGGAUGGAAGAGCGACUCAGUAUUAUGCAGAGAUUGAGGAUGGGGGAGGUGAUAAAUCUGAUGAGAAAUCUGUCCGUAGACGUCAGAAGGCCGAAGUUGAUAAUGGUGCUGAUACUCCUGACAGGCUUUUAAAACAAGAAACUAGUGGUGGAAGCAGUGCCUUUUCUUCCGCAGGAAAGAGUUUGGCCACGAGGCCGAAGUCAGCCAGUCGGGCAGUGUUGUUUCCUGAGACUGAGUCGGGAUGGUUGGAUUCUAUUCCAAUGGGUCUUGGGGAGUCUAUAAUAACUGAUGUGCUUUCUGGAGUGCGUAAAUCAUUAAGUGCAUCAAGCCUCAAAGAUCAGGAAAAGAGUAACUCAGGCACAGUCUGGCCAACUGGAAGAUGGACUUUGAAACCAGACUUGCAAGCUCUCUCAAGUGCAGCCAUUGCUAGUCCCAUUUUCAAUGGCUUGCCUAUCCCAAUAUCCGGGCGCAGGAACAAAGCUGCCCGUGACUAGGACAACUCAUUUCCAUCCUUGUAUGCAAUCUAUUUUUUGACACCACAAACGUUAAUAGCUAACAGAUUAAAUGUUCUGGGCUACCAAGCCUGAGCAUAAAGGAAAGAGAAAAACACACAGUUAGGAUAUUUAUUUCAGGCGCGGAAGAACAAGGUGCCAAUGACCUCCCAUAAAGUGAUGCUGCCGAGGCUGCUGCUGGGAAAACUUGGCAAAUGAAGGACUCUUUUACUGUUUUGUAUCAAGUGUAAAAUAGCAUAAUGGUAGCUUCACCUUGGGUUAAGAGUUCAUUUACGGGUUGAAGAGUUUCGUAUUGUCCAGGUCAUACUUCUCUUAUCGCGGCAUUCUUGUUGAAUUGUUCUGUAUGUAUUAAGGUUUUUAUUUUUAUUUUUCUUUAGGAGACCUUUUAUGUAAGCAUUGCACAUUAUGAUAAUUGAGCUGUAACAUUUUGAUAUUUGUGUGA